AGCAGCAUUGAGCCAUUGGAAGCUUCUUGGAGGACUGCAAAUACCACGACAGUGAUGAGCGUCUUCCGGCCUGUAAGAUGUCUCUUCUCCGGCUCCUCGAUACGCUGUUCGCGACCACGAGUGCGAUGUCGAAACUUCCACACAUCCCUUAACCUCUACGAACAGCGACGGCCUCAAUUCCCUGGCGCGAAAGCUUCUAAGAUGGACCUCAUUGAUCAAGAAAGCUCUGAGAUGGAGAUUCCUGAUCCGGAGGACAAAAACUUCAAGGAAUAUACCAGUGAGGAGUUGGAAGCUCUGGAGAAGAGGUAUACACCUGGGCAGAUCAAGGCGAUCCUGGCUGGAGAGGCUGCAAUCGAUGUCGAAGAUCUCGAAAGGCGCGGUGUGAUUCGCACAGAUAUUGGUGGGCUCCCGUACUUUGAUGAUCUGAGUAAACUACGACCUGUGGUGGAUAGGGACCAGCUUUACGAGGGACCAAUUGAUCCAAAUGCCAGACGCAUGACCGACAAAGAGUUCAGCGACGCUUGGCAGAAGGAGUAUGACCAGGCAGUGCGCGAAGCGGAAAUGCCUCCACCGAAGACAGAAGAGGAGGCCGAAGAUCGAAAAGAAAGGCUGACAGGUUCCGAUCGGAUUGCGUGGAUGAAAGCAGACGACAGGGUACCCCAUUACAUGGGCACAAAUGGCCCAAUACCGAGAGCGCACACUCCUUCCAUGCUUGCUCCUGGCCUACCUAGAACGUUCUUGAACGAUGAACAACCCAAGGCUCAAGUCAAGAAAGAGGAUGACGAGGACGAUGCGGAUCCACGAGAUCCCGAGGGGGUUUACAAUCGAUUGAUCAAGCAGACUGGUCUGACAUUGGAUCAGAUCCUGGAAUACAAGGUCAAAAUAUUGGUCCAGCAUCGGGUUGUCAAUCAAACGCGAUUGGGGAAGAUUGCGAGUGUUUACUGUCUUGCUGUGGCUGGGAAUGGAAAUGGCAGACUCGGUAUCGGAGAGGCGAAAGGACAGGAGACCGAGGAGACCUCAAGCAACGCCAAAAUCGCUGCUAUCCGUAGCAUGCAACCUAUUCCUCGAUAUGAAGAACGAACAAUAUUUGGAGAAGUUGAAGGAAAAGUAUCUGCCGCAGAAGUAAAGCUUAUGUGCAGACCACCAGGGUUUGGUCUACGCUGUCAACAUCUCAUCUUUGAAAUGGCUAGAGCGGCAGGAAUCCAUGAUCUCGCCGCAAAAGUACCGCGAUCUCGAAACAAGAUGAAUACCGUGAAAGCUACAUAUCAAGCGCUGCUCAAGCAAAGGAUACCGGACGAGAUAGCACGGGGGAGGGGGAAGAAACUUGUAGAUGUACGGAAAGUGUAUUAUGCAGGCCGUGUAUAAAUGUAGAUAUCAUGUAUGUAUGAGUACGGGACUUGCAUAGAAAGGCGUAGAAUAGCAUGAAGCAGAGUCAAGGCACGGUGUCUUGCAAUUGUCCACCCCUAUCUUCCUAUCCCUGGGUAUCAA